AAUUUAGUAACUUAUUAUGACUGAUCCCAAAUUUGAACAGUGUAGGCUAUAUAUAGCUAUUUGUUGAAUUUGGUGUUUGUAAAUACAUGCAUUAAAAAGUAUGUAUAUAACUAAUGCUUAUUAACAUUUUUGAACUUUUAUUUUGGGACGAUGACGUACGUAGAGCCAGCAGUCUAGUUUCCAACAUUUUAAUUACCAUUGAACGCAGCAUUCUGUAAAGGAAGAGAGUGGGGGACGCUGGUCAAGUUUUUUGCCAUUUGGGCAAAAGAGGAAGAAGAACGCACUAUGAACCCAGUUGCGCUGGAGCAGGGGGGAUUUCAUCUGUAAAGGGUUUUUAUUUUGUAUACGUUUGCGUCAGUUGUUUGUAACUCUGGAUGUUAAAAUGCCCAAUGAGGUGAAGCAAAGGAAAAAGACCCAGCCACAGAAGCUCAGUGAUGAUACGCCUGAAACAGUGGCAAACGGUCCCGGGGAAGACCAGAAAGUGAAAACGGCAGCUGGACAGGUCCCUUCAGGAGAAAAGAAAUCUUCUGCCGUGGAUUUCAAAGGCAUUUUGUGUAUACUGUCGCUCGCAGCCUGUGGUAUUCUGAGUUGGGUUGUGCUACAGCAGAAUGAGAGGUUUUCUGAAAUUGAAGAAAAGUUCCGACUUUUACAUGACGAAACCUCGCCUCUGAUCGCCAUGGAACAAGAAAUACAAACCAUUUCUAAAAAGCUGGCAGCUUCAGAGGACGACCUCCAGGUGGCGCUAUCUACUGUUUCCGUGGCAUCAAAACUUCAGCAGGACAUCUCAACACUUCACGCGGCAGUGAUGGCGGUACAGGCUGAUGAGAAGUCUGCCUCCGGUGAUCUACAAGAGGUCAACGCAAACUUUCUGAAUGUGACUGAGACUUGGCAGCAGCGUCUUGGUGUGAUCAACUCAGAUUUGGUGGCACUAAAGUCGGAGUCCCGGGAUGCUCACACUGAAGCCACAGAGAAGGUGAAUGAGGCUGAGCGCAGAGUUAAGUCCCUGGAGAAGAAACUGGAGGAGCUGGAGGACAGCACCAAGAGAAACGCCCGAGCUCUAGAGCGCACGGAGGAGGACGAUGUGAAGCGAGCUCAGGACCAACUUGACUGGAACACCAAACAGAUCCAAAAACUGAAGGACCAGAUCACUGGCCUAGCUCUAAAAGAGACUGAACUAAGCUCUCAGCUCCAGGAACACAUCCCCAAAGCAGAGGAGUGUGAACAGCACCUGCCCAAAGUGGAGGAGGCGGUCCGUUCCAUUGUGAGACUGGCAAGUGAUCUGAGCGGGACUGAGAAAAGACUGGAAGAACUGACUCUCCAGGUUUUUGGCACAGAGGACAGUAUGCUCAAAGCCCUCAAUGAAAUCCUUCAGAUCAGGCAGGAGCUGGACACUCUACAUGCUAAAAACAGCAUUCUGAAGAUGAAAGAUGAGCUAUCUGUAGUGAAAGAGGCAGUCCGCGAACUCACUCUGGUGUUGAGACAAAACAAUGAUGAGAAUCAGGUAGAGUCUGUCAGUCAGAAGGAAGAGGAAGAAUGGACCCAUGAUGAUGAGGAAGAUGAGCCAUGGGAAAAUGAUGAAGAAGAGCCUCUACUGUUCACUGAUGACCAUUUGCAAUAAUAUAUAUACAUAUAUCUAUAUCUAUCUAUAUAUAUAUAUAUAUAUAUAGAGAGAGAGAGAGAGAGAGAGAGAGAGAGAGACAGAUAGAUAGAUAUAAUAAUUUGUCAUUACUAUAUGUCUAUCUUGUUCCAGUGCAUACAUUUUAAUGAUGUUGAUGUUAUUGUUUAAUUUAAAAAAACAAAAACAGAAAAGUUCACUGUCAUUUUUACUGAGACUGGACAAAGUUGCUAUUUCCUAUAUUUUGCUUUAAUUCUACAAUUCAAUAAAACAUACAUUUGACUAAA